CAAUUCUCAGCAGAAAUGGGUGCACAGAGACAACAAACCGAAGAAGAAGAACAUCAAUCUCCAACAACAAGAACCUACUGGCGAUGGAGCAAGCAAGACUUCUUCCCCGAGCCUUCUUUCCAAAACUUCACUUCCUACAGGUCCGCACUCUCCCAAACAUACCCCCGCCUCAAAAACUGCCUCUUUUCUCGCUCCACAGACGCCAACGAACUCAUCACUCUGCAAAAAGAAAGUGAAAAAACCCUUCAAAAAUGCCUCACUUGGUGGGACUUAAUCUGGCUAAGUUUCGGCUCCGUCGUCGGCUCCGGAAUAUUCGUCAUCACCGGCCAAGAAGCUCAUGACCACGCCGGACCCGCCAUUGUUUUAUCCUAUUUAGCUUCCGGGGUCUCCGCACUGCUCUCUGUGUUUUGCUAUACAGAGUUUGCCGUUGAAAUUCCCGUUGCAGGUGGGUCCUUUUCGUAUCUUCGUGUUGAAUUAGGCGACUUUAUUGCUUAUAUUGCAGCUGGGAAUAUUCUUCUAGAAGCUGUUGUUGGUGCGGCCGGGUUAGGGAGGUCUUGGUCUUCGUAUUUGGCGAGUAUGAUUGAUGCUGAUAACUCUGAUUUGUUGCGUUUUGAAGUUAAGUCUUUUGCUAAAGGUUUUAACUUGUUGGACCCGGUUGCAGUUUUGGUGCUUUUGGUUGCUAAUGGGAUAGCAAUGAGUGGGACGAGGAGGACUUCUUGGUUGAAUUGGGUUAGUUCUAUUGUGACUGCUUGUGUGAUUGUGUUUGUUAUUGUUGUUGGGUUUGUUCAUGGCAAGAGUUCAAAUUUAGUGCCAUUUUUACCUUUUGGUGCAAAGGGGGUUUUUGAAGCUGCAGCUGUCGUUUAUUGGUCUUAUACUGGUUUUGACAUGGUGGCAACCAUGGCUGAAGAGACUAAGCGUCCUGCAAGGGAUAUACCGAUUGGUUUGGUUGGUUCAAUGUCUAUGAUUACUGUGAUUUAUUGUUUGAUGGCUUUGGCAUUGACCAUGAUGGUAAAGUAUACCCAAAUUGAUGUAAAUGCUGCAUACUCGGUUGCUUUUGAACAAAUUGGCAUGAAAUGGGCUAAGUAUUUGGUGAGUGUGUGUGCACUUAAGGGAAUGACUACAAGUUUGUUGGUGGGAUCGCUUGGGCAAGCUCGAUACACGACUCAGAUUGCUAGAGCUCAUAUGAUUCCUCCCUGGUUUGCUCUAGUUCACCCAAAAACUGGAACACCUAUUUAUGCUACUUUGUUGGUAACCAUUCUUAGUGCCAUUAUUGCAUUUUUCUCUAGUUUAGAUGUCUUGUCAAGUGUUUUCUCUUUUAGUACGCUCUUAAUUUUUAUGCUUGUGGCUGUUGCAUUGCUUGUGAGGCGAUACUAUGAGAAGGAUGUUACUCCAAAGAAUGAUUUGGUUAAGUUUUUAGUGUGUCUGUUUGUUGUAAUUGCUUCUUCUUUAGGUGUAACAGCAAUCUGGAAUUCAAAUGGGAAGGGUUGGAUUGGGUAUGUGAUAACUGCAGUGCUUUGGUUUUUGGGAACUCUGGGAAUGGUAUUGCUUCCAAAGCAGCGUGUUCCAAAACUUUGGGGGGUUCCUUUAGUUCCAUGGUUACCAUCAUUGUCAAUUGGGAUGAAUUUAUUUCUAUUAGGGUCAUUGGGUUAUGUGGCAUUCUGGAGGUUCUUAAUUAGCAGUGUAGUAAUGCUUGUGUAUUAUGUGUUGGUUGGUCUUCAUGCUACUUAUGAUGUGGCUCAUCAGAACCUAGAAGAAUCAAAACUCGAUGAAGGCCUGUGAAAUAUAGUCAAGGGAUGCUUCAAAGCAGAAGUAGUAUUGUACAUUAGUGGUGGUAUAGAUAUUCUUCAUAUGGCUAAAGAUGAACUGUGUAAUACAGAGCAAAUUAUUAUCAGAAACUGUAAUUUUGAAAUGAAAUUGCAUUUGU